UAAAACUUCAUGUCCCAUGGUACACUGCGUCGGACACUCCUAGGUAAUGACUUCCUCUCCAGAAAAAGCAGAUUUUGAAGAGACUGGAUGAAAAAAGCUGUUAUUUUGACACGCCGUUUUGUUAGAGGAUGUGGUAAAAAUCACUUUAUGGUUCAUUUGAAACUGCGUUUUGAAAUGUAACCAUGGCAACCGAACGGUCGUCCUGGUUAGCAGCCCUGCACAGGCUGUAGUGAAGGCGAUGCUGAGGGUUAGCUGAAGCCUUAUGAUAUUCAUUUGCCUUUAAUAUUGUUACGGAAGACAGUCGAACAGCUAUAUCUGAUCUCGUUCCGUGAUGGAAGAAGUCGAUAGGAUUUUAAUUCACUCUCUAAGACAAGCGGGCACAGAUAUUGAUGAGGAUGUUCAGAGUGUGAAGCAGUUCACCAGUGAGCUGAUCGUGGAGGCGGUGGUGAGAUGCCUGCGUGUGAUCGACCCUGCGCUGGGCAAUGGAUUGACCCACUCGCUCCCCCCUGGCAUGUCUGCCCGCUUUAGACUGGGCAUGAGCCUGGCUCAGGCCUGUCAGGAUGUGGGCUUUAAAGGGGAAAUUGGCUACCAGACAUUUCUCUACAGCAAUGAACCAGAGAUUCGCUCUCUGUUCAUGUUUCUGGUUGAGAAACUGCCCAGAGAGAGUUCAGAGGCCUCUGACCAGCCUGCAGGGAAGUCUGCGCUGUUGCAGAGAGCAAUUGCUGCUCAAAUUAAAGCGCAGUUGUCAGUGCCUUGGCUCCCUCCGUCCUGUAGACUCCCCAUUCAUCGAAAAACACAGAGUUCCGGCCCGUGUCACAGUUUCCGCGCCCAGCCACUGAGCCUCCCAUAUUCAGUGAAGGUCUCUUCCAGGAAACAGCCAAAAGAGGUGCAAGAAUACUGGAGGAAUUAUUUGCUGCCUGUCACCUCCCAGCCUUCCCAGCAUGCCUCAGUGCCAGCGUCCCUCCUGGAGAACCACAUCUCUGAACUUAGUGCCGCACAGGAGUGGGAGAAUGAAUGGAACAGCCAAGGCCUCCUGUCGAGACUUACACCUGAGGAGUACCGAUCCAGGAAAAAAGCACGACUGCAGAAGCGGAUUGAGGAGCAGCUGAGAACGGCAGCUCAGCCUCGACCUGACACACACGGAGCCACGCGCUCGACUUCUGACCUUGCUGAGCUGCUGCAGUCAUUCGGUGGUGCUUCCACUGGGGGAGAUGUGCUGACCAAAGGCACACGCUUCACCCAUACAGAGAAGUUCACCUUUACACAGGAACCUGAGAAAGCAGCCCAGCAGAUGGCAGCAGCAGCAAGUGCACUUCCCAGCUCUCACCAAUCAGAGGAGGACCUAAAGGCCCAGCAGGAAGCAGAACUUUCUGCUCUGCAGCAACAGUUGCAGCAAUUGUCAGUCCAAAUGGAAGAAGUGGGCGGAGACAUUAAGCAGCUCACUGUGUCCAUCCAGCAGGUGUCCGAUGAGUUGCAACAGAGUGAAGUGAGUAAUGCCGAGAAGGAGAAUUCAGUCAAAAUGAAGAGACAGACCAUUGACCUACUGCCUGACGCUGAAAACAACCUGCUCAAGUUACAGAGUCUGGUAGAGGCCAGCUCUAAACGAGUGGUUCAUUUGGCCUCUCAGUGGGAGAAACACAGAGUCCCGUUGAUUGACGAGCACCGCAGGCUAAAAGAGCUGUGCAGCAACAGAGAGUCUGAGUCCUCCAGGAAGCUGUCAGAGAUCAAAGACCUACAUGAGAAAAUCAGACAGUCUGCUGAGGAGGCCAAAAAGAAAGAAAGUCUGUACAAGCAGCUGCUAACCGAGUAUGAAACACUGUCUAAAGAUGUGGCACGCUCAGCCUAUACCAUGAGGAUCUUGGAGAUCGUAGGCAACAUAAAGAAACAGAAGGAGGAAAUCACUAAGAUUUUGUCGGACACAAAGGACUUGCAGAAAGAGAUUAACAGCCUGACUGGAAAACUGGACCGAACAUUUGCCGUCACAGAUGAACUGGUGUUUAAGGAUGCCAAGAAAGAUGAAUCUGUCCGCAAAUCCUACAAGUACUUGGCUGCCUUACAUGAGAACUGCACUCAGUUAAUUCAGACCAUUGAGGACACAGGAACCAUCAUGAGAGAAAUCCGAGAUCUUGAGGAGCAGAUUGAGACCGAAAAUGGAAAAAGGACAGUUAGCAAUCUAGAGAAGAUUCUUGAAGACUACAAGGCCAUUCGUCAGGAAAACUCUGCCCUUGCUGCAAAGAUCCGGGAAGGUUGAGUCAUUGCGCCGUCCAUGUUUGAUAAUACUGCAGAGCGAAAACCCCUGCUGAAAUGAGUGCUGCUGUGAGAGAUGUCAGUUUGGCUCCCAUCUGCGUCAGCCCUCCAUCAGAAAUAAUCCUCAUCACAUCAGAAACUUUCAGCUUACACUGAGGGUUUGAACACAGGAGUUUUUUGCAUCAAAAUGACACAUUUAAAGAAAUGUUAGUUAAAACUAAUUCUGAUCAUUGUGAUGAGAUUCUGUUUUUAACAAAAGCUUGGACUGCAAUAAUUUGAGAAGGACCAGUCCCACCGCUUCAGCUGGAUAAAACAACAUCAUUGUUAUACGGUGAUAACCAUAUUAUGUACAUGAAAGUGUCCGUUAACAGUGACCUCUGAUUGUUGUUCAUCGUAUGGGUUGAGCUGCUCAUGAACAUUACAAGAUUCAGGUGAUUUGAUUGCACUUGGAGAAUAGUAGGCUGAUAACAACUUAAAACACUCAUGAUCAGCUUGCCUGUUUCGUAUUAAAGCAUAAAUUUGAUAUAUCUGUUUGUUUGGCUCUGAUGGAUCAAUAGAACUGUUAAAAUACUCAUCAUUGAAAGUUAUACUGUAUUUGAACCUCUGUCAUAGAAAAGUCUGUCAGGCUGACUGUAGGAAAGCUGUGUAAACACAUUUAAGUGUCUGAUUGACUAACAAUGAUGAUUGUCCCAAUCAAACUGGUUUUCAAAGUUUAUGCCAUCUUUGGAAUGUUUGAUUUUAGAGAUUAUAUGGAAAAGAAUGUUUUGUAAUUUACCAUUACUUGUAUACAUCUGCUCAAUCUCUGAACAUGAUGUUCUGAUAUUUCACCAUUUCCCCAGCAGUUGUUAUUGUCCUUUUAAAAAUGACCUUUUUCUUUUGCAAAAAUAUUUUUGAGAAUGAGGUAUUUGACCCUUUGACUUAUUAGGGUAAAGAUUGACAUUUGAUGUAAUAAUUAGAAAUUGUAGGGCUGCACGAUUUGGGGAAAAGUCUAAUUGCGAAUUUAUAUAGAAAAGAAUGUUUUGUAAUUAGCCAUGACUUGUAUACAUCUGCUCAAUCUCUAAACACGAUGUUCUGAUAUUUCAA